GAUUGGCUUUACAGACAUUACGGUUAACGUUGCCGGGGAGUGCCUCACAACCAUAGAGACACAAUGGAGCUGCAGUGACAAUAUAAAUAGCAGGUGCCUGUUGUUAUAACUCUCACAGAGCAUUAUUUAGUGUCAGAUUUUGUCAGUGCAAUGUUAAAGUAUUGUUGGCAUCGGGCUGCCAGCAGCUAGCUAACUGUUUGCGCUAACAAAUCAGCUUGGUGGGUGAGAUAGCCGUGUUAUCUAGCUAGCUAAGCACCGGCUUGAAUUGCUGUGCUGCUGGGUUUGGCUGGUUUUGGUUGCUAGAUAUUAAGUAUAGCUGUCCAGCUAAUCCGGCCGAGAGAUAUUAUGGAGUUUCCUUUUGAUAUUAACCAGUUAUUCUCCGAGAGGGUUUCCAUCUUGGACCAUUCUCUUGUUGCAGGUCGUAAAUCAGCAGGAAGACCAGAUCUUCAAGCCCACAUAGCCACAGUUAUUGAUGAACUUGGGAGAGCCUCAGCAAAAGCCCAACAGCUAACAGCACCCAUCACAAGUGCUUCCAAGCUGCAGUCCCAGAGGCAUCAGCUCUACUUGCUUAAGGAUGGAGAGAGCAAUGGAGGACGUGGUAUGGUGGUGGGAUUUCUCAAGGUUGGCUACAAGAAGUUAUUUCUGCUCGACCGACAGGGUGUGCACAUAGAGGCAGAGCCACUGUGUGUUUUGGAUUUCUACAUAGCAGAGAACUUGCAGCGACAUGGCUAUGGAUUAGAGCUGUUUGAUUUCAUGUUGCAGCACAAAAAUGUAGAGCCGGUGCUGAUGGCUUAUGACAGGCCCUCGCCUAAAUUCCUGUCCUUCCUGGCAAAGCAUUACUGCCUGACACAAAGUGUUCCACAGGUCAAUAACUUUGUGGUGUUUGAAGGCUUCUUCCUCAACAGAGCAGCUGCCCAGUUGAGAAAGGUUCCCCUAAAAAAGCCAGAUGGAGAGAUCAAACCCUACUCUUCAAUGGAGAGAGAAGCAGUACGUCAGGAGCAGAGGGCUCUCCCCUGGCCAUUUGCUCCUCCUCACUCCCCCCAGCGGUCGGCAUCCUCCCAGUGCUCCCACUCCCUCAGCGUGGGAUCCUCCCCCAGCAGGGUGCCCCCUCGAGUCGUCCCAGCCUCUGCCCCUGGGGGCAACAGGGACCAGAGCCCACAGUCCCCUCUCGUGGAGCGCUGCAGGGCAAGGCGCACCAGCCAGCAGGGUCUAGUUGCCAGAUGCAGCCUGUACAGUCGGCACUUGGACAGCAGAGCUGUUGGACUGCUGGACAAACCCUUGACAGGUCUGAGACCAGUGGGGAAUCAGUCUUGCGCACUGGGAUACACAGACACACACAGGUUGGCCAGUAUUCACACACCACAAAGCAGACUCCAGCCUCUCCCUUUUCCACCUCUUUCUUCCAAGAAGGAUGACAUUCACAGCCAGACCUCCUUAAACAGCAGAGGGAUACACCUGGAUACAGAUGCUGAAGCCUGUGGUGCGAAGGAGAAGAUCAGUGUGUUGGAGAGUCCACAGUGUCUAGCAGGAGGUAUGCAGGACAACCAGAGACAUCUGCUGGAGAAAGACAGCGACAGAAGCCGGCAAGGCUGGUCAUGGACUGUAGGUGAGAACUGCUAUACUGCCCAGUGGGUGAAGCAGAAGCAGGAAUACAGGAGCACCCGACCCUGGUGAUCAGGAACUAAUCCUGUGAUAAUAGUUCAGAUUUAUACAUUGUUCAAAUGUUACUGCAAAAAAUGAAAUUGCUAUUGAAUUCUUAAUCCUAGAACUUUUAAACUUAAGGGCCAAAUAUACUUCCAGUCUCUCUGGUUAUCUAUCUUGGGUAUUAUCAUUUCUGUCUUGGUUGGUUUCCAAGAUGAAUCAUUCAGAUGUCACACAGUUCAUUGUAACUGGCUGACCAAACUGGUGCUACGAACCAAAUAAGGAGUUAUGUCACUACAAGUCGUCAAACACCAGCCAACAGACAAAUCAUUUUAAAAAUAUUGGUCUAAGCUAUAUAAAAGCAGCUGUAUUAAAGUGGAUAACUACAGGACCAUUAACUUCAGCUGGUGGUUGCUGCUUAGUCAUUAAGGUCUUAGUAUGCUACAGGGUGCUGGUGAGAUUGUCUAACAGCGCCUGAAACCUCCUUUCCAACGGCAAAAUCAGAGGGCUGCGUCCAGUAACUUACCAGUCAGAGGAGUGUAUUAGAGCUGUAGUGACUUGAAAAUGCUUCAUUGUAAAAUACUGUGCAAAAGUUGCUGAAUUGAUCCCAAACUGACCCAGAAUCUUGAAUACAUUAAAGGCUUCAGUAUGCUUUAAAGAAGUGCUUGUUAGACUGUCGUGACAGCUUGGAAUGGGGGAAUGUCUGUGUUUGAUCAUUUUUGUAACUUUUGUCACAGCACAGAUAGAUAGUACUUGGUAGAAUGUUUUUCCUCUCUGAUGAGAGUUGUUUAUCACCGUCUCAACAAAAGAGUUGCAUUCUCAGCAGCAUGCCAGUCUUCUUUAUUCUCCUUCAGCUUUCACUUCUCCAUUCAUUUCCAGUAUGUUGAUGUGGAGGUGCAAGUUUCUGAGGCAGAUACCCAAAACCUCAGCACCUAAAACUGAAGCCAUCUCCACUGGUUAAGUGAGAGAAUAUUUUCUUUUUAUGCUGGAUAAACUUACCCUUUAGCUUGACUUUCCAAGCAUGAAGAACAGCUGCUUAUCAGAUAUCAACAUAUCUGUGCAUAUACCCAUAAUGCCUUUUGGCGUCAUUUCCUUCAGUUGAGUCACUCAGUAUUUUCCGAGGAAGGCCAAGCCGGGGAUUCUCAGGUAUUUUGGUGCUAAAUAUCAUUGUUAACAAACUCAACCAAAGGAGCAAACACGCCUGAAAUCACAUUAUCUGUGAUUUGUGCUUAUACUUGAAACUGUGUCCCCACUGGUCCUUGAAUUCCUGCAUUGUUUCAGUGGUUUUCACAGAGGAAAUGAUGAUCAUGUUUGAGAAACCAUCUUCAGAAAUCACCCUGAAAAACAACAUUCACAAACAUGGUAUGACUGCAUACUCUGAUGUGUUAAUCUUUCAAUAAUAAACUACAAAAGCAACUGA